GAGAGAAGCGUACCGUAACGUAACAUAACAGGAAGAAACAGAUACGUUUGUUUGUUUUGUUGGAUUAUAAAUAAAAACUAGUAGUAGUUACUACCGGAGAAACAAAAACACAACACUAAUCACAAACCAAACCAAAAUUCGCCGACCAUGGCUGCUGCUGAUUCUUCAAACCUCAAAUCAGACGCCAUAUUUGAGCAGAUGAAGCAGCAUCUUUCCACCGACGCAGCCAAACCGCUCCUUCAGAAAAUCGGACUCGUUUAUCAGAUUCAAAUUGCUCCUAAGAAACUUGGAUUCGAUGAAGUCAUCUACACUGUUGAUCUCAAGAAAGGAGAGGUCACCAAAGGGCCAUAUGAAGGAGGGAAGCCAGAUGCAACAUUUUCAUUUAAGGAUGAGGACUUUGUUAAGGUUGCAUUGGGGAAGAUGAAUCCACAGAUUGCUUUCAUGAGGGGUGCGAUGAAGGUUAAGGGAAGUUUGAGCGCUGCUCAGAAAUUUACCCCGGAUGUUUUCCCAAAACCUUCCAAGAUGUGAGCAAAGAUGCCUGUGAGUACUUGUGCCACGUUGCUGAUCAAGUAAAAUAGAUGUCCUUGAAAUCUGAGGAUCAUAUCUGUAGUUAGAAUAUGGAUCUUGAUUAAACUUAGCUUGUAUGUGGUUCAUGAGUUUAAUAUAGUUCUGGACUCUGAAAAAUAAUAGAUAUUGUUCUGCAAAAAUGCCAAAGGUUUCUAUGCUAUUAUAAUACUGUUGGAUGUUUCAAGUUUGAAAACAGUUCAGCAUGCACUAUCUUGAGCUACCUUUC